AGUCCAGACUCCACACCUCAACUCACUAGCUAAUAGCACUUUUCACUUUUGCCUUUCGUUACUAGUAAAAUCAGUAUUUUUUAAAUAAUAAAUAUCUUUGUAAUAAGUAUAAAUCUAUAAAUAGUUAUAAAUUUUCGAAAAACCGGUUGGAAGUGGGUGUUAACCAAUUUUAUUGGCAAUUCUUCAUUAAUACGGGAAGAAAACCUAAAUUAAAAGAUGCCACCUCCACCAAAAAAGGCUCCUACAAAAGGCGCCAAGCAGAUAUUGGUGGAAAAUGAAGCUACAAUCAGCUUCUAUAGGAACAUGGCAGGAGCUUCUGGGUUAUUCUAUAACUCUGUUAUGUUUGGAAUUUAUCAUGAUGAAGUCCGAUCCUGGUUAAUGUUUAUGAAUGUAUUUGUGUUGGUUAUUUACCUUGGGAGCUACCAAUUGAUGAGAUACAUAAGUCGGCCAACAUAUUCUGAACUUGGACAUCUUAUAGACCCAGGCCUGGAUCUUAACAUGGAAGGUGGAAUGGGCGAGCAUAUCAAAGAUAUCGUGAUUCUAACGGCAAUAGCACACAUCACAGCAGUGAUGUCCAAUUACUUCUGGCUCCUAUUGUUUCUCAUACCUGCUCGUGCAUUUUGGCUUAUAUGGAAGAAUUUGUUAGCCCCAUGGUUUUUCCAAGAGGCACCUGAAGACACCGAGCAAGAUGAAAAGAAAAGGAAAAAAAUUGAGCGCAGGAUGAGGCGCCAUCAGUAAAAAAACCUCUAUUCUCAAAAUAACUUAUGUCGUAGAUUGAAAUAUUUUGAUUAUCUGCAUCUAUGUUUGUUAAUUGCUCUAGAAUAUGGUUUGAAAUCAUUAUUGUAAUUUACUUGGUCAAUACCAAUGGUUAGUGUGUUACGAUCUAUUGUUCUAAAUUAUAGGUCAAUUAAGGUGAACUUAAAAUUUUGCAAAAAAUUAAAACUAAUAUCACUUUUAAAUCAUAAAAAGUAGCGAAGGAUAAAAAACACAUUACUUAUCUUUAAAGUCCAACUUACAUGGGAAAAUAGGCCAUGUAUGUUUUAUAAAUUUAAUAAGUUAGACUUUCCUAAGGUGCUAAAUAUGUUGGUUAAAUUUUGCAUAGCAUCAAAAAAUUUGGCAGUUUUGGGUCUAGGUCAAGUAAAUUAAGUAUAGUUUAAGGGUUCCAGUUUUAUAUUUUCAAACCCUUUUUAUAUUUUUACUCUUGGUGUUGUUAUAUUUCUUACUCUCAGCUGUUUUUACUAGGUGUUCUUAAACAUUAUAUGAAUGUGAUAGAUGUACUAUGGUGUAAUAAAUAUCAUUAUAAUUUUUUAUUUGCAGAUUUAUUAAGAAAAGUGGUAUUAUUAUUUAGUUUGUUAUUAUUUAAGUUUUAUAAAGUUAACAACUAAAAAGGUUGGUAUUAUAGAUAAAUGUUUUUAAAUCUCUGGAUGUAUUUUGUGUAAUAUAAUAAUCAACAUAUUGGAUGUUUAUGAAAGCAUAAUGUAUAUCAAUUAUAUUA